AUGUCCAAGUCAAAGUCUUCUACCAAGGCCGCCAAGCCUACCGACAAGGUUUUGUCCAAGGUUAAGGAUGCUGGUGUCACCAAGUCUUCGCAGUCUCCCAAGGCUAAGAGCAAGGAGAUUGCUCGUAAGCUGAAGGAGAAGGAGAAGAAGUCUGCUCCUAAGAAGAAGGAACCUACACCCAGCUCCGAUUCCGAGUCUGAGUCCGACUCUGAUGAGGAGAUGAAGAAUGCCUCCUCUUCCAGCGAGAAAUCUGAGGAAUCGGACUCUUCUGAAAGUGAGGAGGAGAAGGCUCCUGCUAAGGCUGCCGAGAAAACCGAUGCCAAGAAGGAAUCUGAGAGCUCCGAUUCCGAGUCUGACUCUGACGAUUCUUCUGACGAAUCCGAGGAGGAAAGCGACGAGAGCAAGGAGGCUCCUAAGAAGCGCAAGGCCGAGGAGGAACCUGCCGCCACUGCUAAAAAGGCAAAGACCGACGACGACAACUCUCCUAACCUCUUUGUCGGCAACCUUUCCUGGAACGUUGAUGAGGAGUGGCUUCGCCGUGAAUUCGAGGAGUUCGGUGAACUUGCGGGUGUUCGCAUCAUGACUGAACGGGACACUGGACGUUCUCGAGGAUUCGGCUAUGUUGAGUUCGCCGACGCUGCCGGCGCUAAGGCCGCUUACGAGGGCAAGAAAGACGCCGAGAUCGAUGGCCGUACCAUCAACCUUGACUACGCCAAACCCCGCGAUAACAACAACCAAGCUCCGAGAGAGAAGGCUCAGAACCGUGCCCGCUCAUUUGGCGACCAGACCAGCCCUGAGAGCAACACCCUCUUCGUUGGCAACCUUUCAUUUGGUGUUGACGAGAACGCUGUCCGUGAAGUGUUCCAGGAACAGGGAGAUAUCCGCGGCAUUCGCCUGCCCACUGAUCCCGAAUCAGGCCGUCCCAAGGGCUAUGGCUACGUCGAGUUCUCAUCUGUUGACGAGGCCCGCCAGGCCUUGACCGAUCUUCAAGGCACUGAGAUCGGUGGACGUUCUAUCCGCCUGGACUUCAGCACCCCUCGUGCCCAGGGAGACGGUGGUCGCGGUGGCCGCGGCGGCUUUGGUGGCCGUGGUGGUGGCCGCGGUGGUGAUCGCGGUGGUUUUGGUGGCCGUGGUGGUCGCGGUGGUCGUGGCGGCUUUGGCGGUCGUGGCCGCGGUGGUGCUACCGGCGCCAACACCACCAACCGUGGUGGAUUCGGCGACUUCUCUGGCAAGAAGGUUACAUUCGAUUAG